UUGAGGACGCGAGAGGAAUUCCCUUCCAGCCGUCACCAUGGCCACAGAGCAGAGCCAAGUCCUGGAGCUUUGAAAACCGUUCCGUGGUCCGUCGGGCGGUGCGAUCUCCUUCCCCACGGGCGAGGGCAUCGGCACCCGGAUAGGCACGGGAGGUCGUCCACCCGCAGAACUCGGCUACGCCACCACCCUCCAAAGAGGACGAGUCUUCUCCGUCUUCAUCAGAGGCCACCGCAGAGCUGCGAGGAGCCUCUGCGACUACUUCAUGAGAGCACGCAACAUUGCCGAACUGACGAGCCUGGCAAAUGCAUGCAGAGAUCUGGUCAACGAGCAGUUGUUCAUCUACUCCCUCUCCUUCGUCAUCAUUCGGAAACCGGAGUUGAGACGAGUUCGAAUCCCGACCAUCGUCGAGACCUUCCCCAGCAAGUUCGCUUCGCAGGAGAUGCUGCAGCAGGCUGUGGACGAAGUCAGGAGGAAUCCUGCGAGGACGGAACCAUUCGUCAUCACCCAGGAGUUUUCGGGGACCCUCAUCAAGCCGGAGCACAGGCUCUCCUAUUGGCGCGAAGACUAUGGCAUCAACUCGCACCAUUGGCAUUGGCAUCUCGUCUUCCCCAUCGAGAUGGACAUCAGGAGGGACAGGAAGGGAGAGAUCUUCUACUUCAUGCACCAGCAGAUGCUGGCCAGGUAUGACAUGGAGCGACUCAGCCAUAGUCUCAACCGCGUGCUUCCAAUGACCGGUCUCCGAGACCCCGUUGUGGAUGGGUAUUUCUCCAAGCUGACAAUCAACAACUCUGGCCGGGCAUGCACGAGGCAAGACGACACGAGACUGAAGGACAUAAGGCGAGAUGACUUUGGCCUGGGAUUCAUCAACAUCUCCGACUUGGAACUCUACUUUUCGAGACUAAUGGACGCUGUCCAUCAAGGAUUUGCACAGGAUAGGCAGGGGAACCGAAUCCCGCUCACUGACGACCCCCCCAAGGGGGGCAGGAGGGGCAUCGACAUCCUGGGGGACGCCUUCGAGGCAGACGCCGAUCUCAGCGUGAAUUAUCCCUUCUAUGGAGACUUCCACAACUUGGCUCACGUCGUCAUCGCCUUCGCCCACGAUCCGGACUUCGCCCACAGGGAGGAGGUCAAUACAAUGGGAGAAUCGGCCAUAUCAAUGAGAGACCCGGCCUUCUACAGGUUGCACAAGUUGGUCGACGAGUUCUUCCAAAAGUACAAACUGCAACAGAGGCCCUACAACAACGAAGAGCUGGGUCUACCCGGCAUCAGGGUGGUGAAAAUAGGUGUUCUCCAGGACGGGGUUCCCAAUAACCUCAGGACCGGAUGGAAUCAGCGAGAGUUCGAAGCUGGAAGAGGACUCGACUUCGGAGGAUCGGCUCCGAUCCGUCUCAGGUUCACCCACCUGGAUCACAGGCCAUUCGAUUACCAUCUGCAGAUUAUGAACACUCUGCCAGCUGAGAAAGACGUCACCGUCCGAAUUUUCUUAGCCCCUACGCUGGACGAGAGGGGCAACAGAAUGAGUUUCAUGGAUCAGCGUCUCCUGUGGGCGGAGAUGGACAAGUUUGUGACGAAAUUGACUCCGGGCGAGAACAAGCUGGUGAGAUCGUCACGUGACUCCUCCAUCACCGCACCACCAGAGGCCACUUUUAGGGAACUGGAGGCGGGACUCGAAAUCACGUCUGGAACGCAAGCAGGAGUUGAAUUCGGUCAGUGCGGCUGUGGGUGGCCCCGGCACAUGCUUCUGCCUAGGGGCAUGCCCCAGGGUAUGGACUUCCAGCUCUUCGUGAUGCUCACUGACCAAGCAUUGGAUAAGGUUGAACAAGUAAUCCGAGGCAGGCCGUGUACCAACGCCGUCUCCUACUGCGGCAUCCUAGACUCCAAAUUCCCGGAUGCCCGUCCCAUGGGCUUUCCCUUCGACCGCAGGAACCCUGCGAUGGUCAAUGCAAACGUCAUCCAAACAGUGGGAGAGUUUGCUGCGCAGUUCGAUAACAUGGUCAUGGAGGACAUCAAGAUCACCUUCGUCGGGAACCAGCUGCAACAAACAUAGCCGCUAUGGUAGAAGGUUCAGGAAGAUCAUGUGGCAGUAUCGUUUUCAGGAGAGUGUUGUCAGGAGGGCAGUUACGACGGGCAGGACUAGCAGCCUUGAUGAUUUUUAGGGAAUAUUUUCCCAUCCCGAACACACUAUACGGCUCCAGGUCAUUCCUGGCAUUGGAAAAUCCUACAAAAUCAACAUAAGCAGCAAGAUUAACAUAACCCAAUGAUCGUCAGGCAAAUGCUUGGAGACACCCCAACACUUUUGUCAAUGAACUCACCCUGACUAUCACGUGGAGACGUUACCCUAGUAACUGAAAACGUAUGAAUGAACAAACAGUGAAGGAAAAAAUUUGGACUAAAUCUACAAAAUAAAGCAUUCAUAUCAAUAAAUGCUGUACCGUACCGAAGUACAACAAAUAAACCAUCACUGUAGAUGGAUACUAAUAGUGAAAAUGUGGCUUUAUGAAUAAAAAACAAUACAUGGUAUGUCUGAUGUUAACUGAAGCUGCUUUGUAAAGUUAGCUCCUUAAGUUUGUUGUUUAGUCUCACAUGUUUUUACAAAUAAACACUAUUUACAAGGCAGUACCUUGCCAAUAUGAAAUGUUGAGAGUUACACCCAUAACUUUAUUGUAUCAAGGAACUAAUUUCAGAAUCUUAAGAUUGAUGAAGGGCUGCUUCUGGUCUCUUAAGCCACUGUUGGAACAACUGGUAGCAUGUUUAUCACAAUGACCUAUUUAGCAGCAAUUUGUGAAGAUGUGUGGUGAACGUAGCAACUAUCACAGAUACAUCAAUUACUGUGUACUGUAGCUUAUGCUGCGUUAAAGAUUUUAAUACUUGUUGACCAAAUAAUAAAGGCUAUACUCUUAAAAAAA